AUGCUGUUUACUCAAAACUUUCUAAUGCCUUUCACGCUUAUUGUGUAUGGCAUAUUGAAAAAAAUGUCAACACAAAGUUUAGAACAAAGCUUGAUGGUAAAAUUUGGGCAGCAGCAAAAGCAUUGCACAUAGAAGGUUUUGCCGAAAUUAUGGAAGAAAUCUUUAAUAUGCAUGCAGAAGCUGCUGCAUAUCUUAAUGAAAUACCUUCUGCAAUAGUUAAUGCACUUUACUUUAAUCGUUAUACAACAUAUUCUUCUGUGCAAGCAAUGUUACCACAAACUAUUACUCAGCAACUUCAAUCCGUUAUUGAUAGCUGUCGCAAAAGAAUGGUAUAUCAAGCUAGUGAUUCAGUUUUUGAAGUUAAAAGUAACGAUG